AUGGUCGAGAUACAAACACAACCACAAGCUAUCGUACCCAGCGCCAAACUAGCGAACCCGAUGGCGGCCUCUGCCGCACGGCCGAUAUCCGCGGUUUCGGUACCGCCUGACGCGACCAACGGAUCGCAGUACCAGGCCGGCCUCGACUCCUUUUCCCCCGUCCACCAGAAUGGAUGUUUCGAGUUCGACCGUGUCAUCAAGAGUGGUUAUGUGCAGAAGCGCACCCAGAAGACCAAGGUGAGUACGUUUCCACAGCGAACCAGCUGCGCGGUAGGGCUGAGACAUUUCUCUCGUAUCCAGGCUUGGAAGACGGCUUGGUUGGUUCUGCGCCCCAACACGCUGUACAUCUAUAGGUCGGAGAAGGAGGACAAACUGCGACGCAAGGUCUAUCUGUCCGACCUCACGGCUGUCAUGUUCCUCAAGGACCCGAAGCAAAAGCGAAAGAACGUCUUCGGCCUGUUCUCGCCAUCCAAAAACUUCCACUUUGAGGCGCCCUCGUCCCAGGAUGCCCAAGAGUGGGUCGAGCUGAUCCGACACGAAGCCAGGAUCGAGCAGGAAGAAGAGGAGAUGUUCCUGGCUAGCCCUGCCGUCCAGCGACACUCGUUCAACCUUGGCGGCUUCUUCCAGAUGGGGACGGACUCCAGCAGGGUUCUGGCCGAACGAGAUCGUCUCGCGUCGAGUUCCCCAGAGCCUCCCAAUCCUUCAUACGAACAACUGCGAUCGCCCGCCCCCAGGCGGACAUCGCAGACGGCUGACUAUUCGGGGCUUUCCGGAAACGAGGUUGCCUCCCAUUCGGACUUCUCAGAUACAGAAGGCCGUCUGCAAGGCGCCUCCUUUGAGAACCUCGCCGUAAAGCCUCCGCCCUCGGCCCACGGAGAGCGUCCGGUCAUGACUGCCCGCAAUCCGAGCCAGAUCAGCGGUCUCAACCUUGACCAGGAUCCGGACCGUGUCAUCUGGCAGGGUUGGCUGUGGUAUCUUCGCAGCAAGAGAGGCGUGAAGCAGUGGAAAAACUGCUGGGCCGUUCUUCGACCCCGCAACUUCAUUCUCUACAAAGACGAGACCGAGUACGCAGCGCAGUUCAUCGCCAACAUGUCGACGAUUCUCAACGUUGUCGAGCUCGACCCGAUCAGCCGGACCAAACGCCACUGCCUGCAGAUCAUUACUGAAGAAAAGAGCUACCGAUUCGCUGCCCACGACGAAGAGUCGCUCGUGCGCUGUCUCGGAGCCUUCAAGAGCCUGCUUGCCAAGCGGCGAGAACUGGAAGCCCGGGCGGCUGCAGCAGCAGCAACGGGCGGCGUUCCCUCUUGA